AUACCGAGAGGGAGAUCCAAUCCGGUUUGAGCUAGUUCUUAUACUAGUCGGACGUUUAUGUUAAGUUACAGACUGCUCCGGAGGUGUAAGACAGAGGUGCAAGGCUGACCCACAUUACGCUGAGUUUCCUUAAAGGCUGUGUCAAAUCUGUGCUGUGCAAACCAAGCAACAAUGGGAAAGAAAAAGACUACCACUGAUGCAGAGGCAAGUGCUGAGCCAAGGAGAAAGUCUGCAAGAUUGUCAGGGACUAAGAAAGAGACAGCGCCAGAGACAGUAAAGCCAGAAAAGAAAAAGGCACCCGGCAAGAAAGAAGUGAAAAAAACAGCAGUGGUCGAGCCAGAGGAGAAGAAAGAAGAACCUCAGGCGGAGACAGAAGAGGUUCCUGCAGAAAAUGGAGAGGCCAACACUGAGGAGGCCACAGCUGCAGAUGACCAGCCGAAUGGUGAAGAGGAAAAAGCAGCAGAGUAGUAGUGAUACCUCUGAACUCAUUUGCCAAUGCUCCCUGUACCUCCUUUGUUGUAAAAUGCAGAGAAUAUUUUUAUCUACUAUUUUCUUAAGACAACAAUGUUUUUAGGGAUGUGAUUGCAUUUUAUUUUUUUUAAAUACUACAACAAAGUCUCUGUCAUUGUGCUUUCGUGGUCUUUUUGUUGUUAGAUUCUAGUUUUUUGUUUUUUUUCCUGCAUGACAUGCAAUAAUGCCUUUAUCAGGAAUGGGAGAGUUUACCUGAAACAUUCCCAAGGAAUUUAAAGAGAUUUUGUAACCUGUAUUGUGUUGGAAAACUCAUCAAAAUACUGUUUGUUUGAUAAUAGGAGGAUUCAAAAGUUUGAAGCUUGUAUUCUAUGCUAAAACAAUGCCUUGCUCACAAUGUUCAGUUUCAUCAUUCGCAAAAUGAUGGAUUGUUGGUUUUCACUUUAAGGUACAAUUGAGAACAAUUGAAUUGAUACAUUUUCUAAGCUAUGCUCAAAACAAAAAUGCAUUACAAAGUUAGUCAUAUUUGUUAAGGUUUUGGGGUUUGUCUACCAAUGUACAGUUUCCUCUUAAAAAAAUGUUUUCUUUGUUUUUGAUGGUAUUAAAUGCCAAUUAAAGUGGGGAAUUUCUUUUAA